AGGACUUCCUCCUGGGAGAAAGAAAGAGACGAAUCGGGGACCAGCGGGGGCGAGAUUCCUCUCAAAAGCACCGGUGGCGACAGUGGGGUCGUGGACGAGCGUUUCAGCUUGAUCUCCGGGAGCAAACAAAGCCGUGUCGUUGCUGUCAGACAGCUGAGGCUCCUGUCAGUCCCACCUGUGAUCUGGCUCAAGUCUGUGCUUUUCAUAGGUAUAGGCUCAUUCGACAUCUUUGCAAACUUGAAAUUAUUAAAUGUCAGUUUGAAAAUCACAGUUUUUAGCUGGGUUUCCUGUCACUAUUGUGACGUCUGCAGCUCUUUCUCUUUUUUAAGUCGGGGCAGUGUCACACCUGCCGGCCGUUUCCCAGCUGCUCCGUACGCUGGGCCCCAGCCCGGCUCCAUGGGGGACUUCUCCUCUUUCAUUUGAGGAUCUUAAAGAAGUGAAGGGGCUCAUUAGCACAGCUAAGCACCGUGUAUGGUGCUGUAAACCUCAUUAGUAAUUCAUUUAUGCGGCCAGACACCUGCCCCCCCCUAUGAAUGCAGGAAGCUGUAGCUGACAGCUGCUGUAGUCUGCAGUGACCUCGCUCAGUGCUUUCAGUUUCAUGUUUUUAUCUUGCAGCUUUAUGUCAGCAGAGCAGUUUAAGGUCACUUACUUCCAGUUGAGCCUCUUUUCACUGGAGCAGAGCUGGAUCUGAGAAUGGAUGCCAGGUUCUUGUAGUUCAGGGCCCGUUCUAGAUCAGGUGGGUGCUUCUUCAGCCAUGCUGUCCGGGGCGCAGCCGUGCUUCCAGCUGCUGCGGAUCGGCCUGUCCACGGGGGACUCUGCGCGGGACCUGUACACGUUCAGGCCGGCGCUGAGCCACUCCGUGUUCCGCCUGGGCCGGGCGGCGGAGCUGUGCGACGUCACGCUGGAGUCCAGCUCGGUGUCGCGCAUCCACGCCGAGCUGCACGCCGAGAGGGAGGCGAGCGGAGGGGACGCGGAGCAGCAGGAGGAGGGAUGGAGGGUCCACGUCAAGGACCGGAGCAGUCAUGGCACGUGGGUGAACGACGUGCGCCUGCAGCCGGGCGUCCAGUGGGAGCUGUCGGACGGCGACACGCUGAUCUUCGGCGGCCAGUCAGCUCCAGGGACCCCCGAGUUCUACUUCCUGUUCCAGAAGGUCAAAGUUCGCCCCCUGGACUUCGAUGCCAUCACAGUUCCGAAGGCCGGGACCUUCUCCUCGGACCUGCAGAACCGGAUCAGGACCAACCUGGACCGAAAGAUGGCGGCCAACCUGGACCUGUCCAAGCUGUCCAUCAACCGGGCCACGGUGAUCCUCAACUCCAUCGGCAGCCUGAGCAAGAUGAAGGGCAGCGCCUGGACCUUCAAGCGGAGCCACAGCCACGAGGGCACGGUCUCGGACCCGGGGACCUCGUCCUCGCCGCCCCCUGCCGCCGGCUUCUCCUCCCUCCUCCCUCCUUCCACGCCCCCGUCCUUCUCCUCGGGGUCGUCGCUGCCCCAGACCAAGCCCCCCCCGGCCACGUCCCGCAGCAGGAGGAAGUCGGCGCACACGGUGCUGCUGGAGGACGACAGCUCGGACGAGCCCCGCGCUCGAGGAGCUCCGCCGGGACUGGUGGAGGACGGCCAGAGGGCGAGGCCCAAGAAGCGGCGGAGGCUGUACAAGUCUGAGUCCGAAGGCUUCAGCUCGCUGCCGGCGCCGCCGCUGCAGCCCCGGAGCGGCGUGGACGUGCGCCGGACCCUGGAGGCCAAGCCCUUCCCCGCGGGCAUCAGGACCAUCGGCAGCUUCCACGGCGCCAUGACCAACAGCCGGCUGAACCAGCAGCUGCUGCAGGCGUCCUUCACCAGCCUGGCCGUGCACAAGCCGGAGGGGGAGCCGGCGCGCCGCAUCAAGACGGUGGUGCGCGGCAACCUGGCGGCCUUCCGCCAGCACAAACCCGCCCACGCCGGCCACGGUGCCCACGGCGCCCACGGCGCCCCGGCGGGGCCCCGGGGCCGGCGGAGGCCCAGCGGCUCGCCCGUCUUCUCCCCCCUGGUGGUGGGGGGGGAGAGCUACAGCCUGGUCUCGCCGUCGGCCAGGAUCCGCUCGGAGGAGAGGGGCAGGAUGCCCAUGAACCGCUUCCCUCAUCCAACGAGUAAGCGGCGAGGUCGCCCCAGGAAACACCCCCUCCCCCCGCGGCCGUUCCUGCCCUCCCCGUCCUCCUCGUCCUCCUCCUCCAGCUCCUCGGCGUCCUCCUCCUCCGGCUCGUCCUCCUCGUCCUCGUCCUCAGAAGACGAGGACGACGAGGAGGAGGAGGGCGUGGCGGGCGGGGCGGUGGAGCCGUGCGCGGCGCUGCGCUGCCGCCUGCCCCAGCAGGACACGGUCCAGUGGAUCCAGUGCGACGUGUGCGACGCCUGGUACCACAUCGACUGUCUGCACGUGGACCGCAAGAAGCUGCUGCGGGACCCCAACGCAGACUUCCACUGCGGCUGCCGCUGACCCGGGCCCUGCGGCGCGCUCCGCCCACCGGACCAGUGAGCGGGCUGGACAAUUCACCUUUGAACUUUACUGUCGUCACAUUUUACUCUUCAGAUGAUUAUUAACUGGAGUCAUAAAGAUGGAAAACGGCGUUGGAAGAUGCUGCGACUGUUAAAAAUUGCUCCGCUUGGAUUUCACUGCGCUUUGACAGCUGGGGAAGGUGAGAUCAGAGCGGGAAGAUCCUCCCUCCGUGGUUGCAGUAGCAUCGACGACGAGUUCCCUCCGUCAGACUUGUUUUUGCCUCCAGCUUCACGCUCUUUGCUCCCUGCAGGGAGAACUGAACUCCCCUCCUCUCAGCAACAACCAGACUUCCCCGGGUGUGUGAUGCAUCUGAACGGCAUGAUGAUGAUGUGUCAGCAGCCCGCCGCUGGGAGACGCUCCCGGGACGAUGAUCAUAUGUUUCAAGGCACUUCUGCACAAGCAGCAGCUGGAUAUCUGAUUUAAAAUGUGCGGUUGCAGCCGGUAAAGGUGGAGUCUUCCCCACACGGAUUGCUUGACGUUUAAAUAACAAAAGAAAAGAGUUUGGAGAUGUGAAGCUCCUGCAAAAGCCUCGUCACACUACUGAACUCCUUCCUGGACCUGACUGAGCCUUUCCAGACGUUUUUACCGGCUUGAGUAAGAAACUGGAGCUCCAAGUCCAGACUUCUGAGAUGAGCUCAUCAGGACAGAAUCGGCCUGUUUAUAACGCGUGCGCCACUUUUCUGAGUCUUUAAUCGGCUCUGCCUCAGAGCUUUUCGGGUGAAAGUGUGAAAAAAAGGUUGGGUUUUUUUUUUAUCUGCUUUGCUUUUCUCACCUGAGGCUCAUCUGCAGUUUUGGACUCUAAGAUGGAUAAAGUUGUAGACAAAAAUAUUCUCAAGGGCGAAAAUGUUAAGAAAAAAAAAGAUUAUAUAUAUAUAUUAACUUGUUUAUGCCUGAUCUUGCAGACUGCAACUAUUCAGCUAAAUCAAACUAGAUUUUAUCAGUUUUUGUUCUUCAGCUCGGAGACGCGGGUGCGACGUGGUGUCUCAGCUUCAACAGGACGACGACUCCUCACACAGCCGUCGUGACAUCAAUGUUUUCCAGCAUCCACAAAUGUCUCCAUCACCUCUGCUUUUUCACUUUAUCACGAGGAAACAACGGCUUCAGAAUGAACUGGCCCUGCUGCCGUCACACGUCAUCAGUUAUACAGUAUGUACGUUAACAUGCCGACCUCGUAGUACAAUACGGGUUUUAAGGUUUAUUCUUAUGGAUGUUUAGCAGAGAUUAAACGGGAGUGAAGAAAAUGGGGCUUUUGAGUUCACUCUGUCAAUCUUUGUCGUGAUGUGUAAAAAUUAAAGAAAAAGCAUAUCUACACGUGUCAUUUUGUUGAGUUUAGCACGUCUCUCCUCAUCAUCUGGUCCGGAUGCUGACAGGUGCACGUCUGCAUCCAGCUGGUCGAAAAACCAGUUGAUUUCUUGUAGUUUUUUUUCUUCCAAAGCCAGUGAUGCAUUUUAUUGGCAGAGAAAUGGGCGUAACCCAAAGUAUAAAACACAAGCAGAAAACCAGUUUAAUUCAGGCUGAGAUUCACAAUGAGGCAGGAAGUUUCUCAUGGAUGAUCUGUUCUCACAUGAUGCAACACAGACGUCCUAGUCGGUGCUCAGGACACGUUCCUGAUCGUUGUCUUUUCCCAUGCUGUCAGUAAAAUACAACCUUUCUAGUAAACUUUUUAAAACUUAGCCAGGUCAGCAAGUUUUCCCUCUUUGAUACUCUUUGAAGAGUUGACUUUAAGUGGGAGGGUCUAACGGAUGCAGAAGAAGCUGAUG